AUGGAGCAAUUAUUCAGGAACCGAAAGUUGAAUGUUAGUGUGAGAACCGUUAAGAGUGGUGAGGAGGUACUGUUCUACGCAAAGGAUGUGGCAGAAGUACUGAGAUACGCAAAUCCAAGAAAAGCGAUCAGAACCCAUGUAUGGAGCAAGAAUAAAACAACAUUGGAUGAAUUCAAAAGGAGGACCGAAUCGGUCCUUCUUUGCGGGAACCAGCCUGGUACGGCUUUAUUAUAUGAACAGGGUUUGUACCAACUAAUAUUCAGCUCCAAGCUCCCGAUAGCAGAGGCAUUUCAGGACUGGGUGGUUACGGAUGUCCUUCCAUCUAUCCGUAAAACAGGCUCAUACAAAUUACCAGAAUCUGAGUCACUCUAUGGUUAA